CUGUAAUCAUAAGUUUGAUACACACUAACAGCCUGGUGAUUAUUAUGUUUCUUUCAGCUUCUUGCAAUUGUCUUUAUAUCAAUCUCUGUUGUGCAAUUCUGUAUACACCUUACUGCCAUUUCUCGAUGUGUCAAGAAUAGUCUACUGUGAUUUUUUCGCCUGAUUAUCAUCAACAUCGAUAAACACUAUCAAAAAAAGACAAGCAGUAUUGAUCUUAAACCUCAUUCCUCGUUCAUAUAAUGGUGUUUCACAUAGCGAGAGGGAUAAGACACAAUUCUAAUAUUGCCACACAACACUUGUUUACGGCAAAAUCAAUUCCUAAAACAGCAACAACUCAUCAGCUUUUACAAGACCUUGGUUUCAUCUAUCAACCUUCUGCAGGUUUAAUACAUUGGUUGCCAUUAGGUUUAAAAGUCUUGAAAAAUGUGGAGAAUAUAAUAAGGAAGCGUAUGGAUGAGAUUGGUGGUGAAGAGUUUAGCUUGAGUUCUAUAAGUUCUAAAGAAUUAUGGGAGAAAACUGGAAGAUGGUCAAAUACCGAACUGUUUAAAUUACAAUUGAAUUCUAAAAAGGAUAAAGAUUUUUGUUUAACACCUACUCAUGAAGAAGAAAUUACAGAAAUUAUCAAGAAUGCAAAUUUGAAUUAUAAGAAUUUACCAGUUUUAACUUAUCAAAUUUCAAGAAAAUAUAGAUUCGAGAAAAGACCAAGAGGUGGUUUGUUAAGAGGCCGAGAAUUCUUGAUGAAGGAUGCAUAUUCAUUUGAUAAAGAUUAUGAAAGUGCGAUGGAAAUGUACAAUAAAGUCAAUGAUGCAUAUUUUAAGAUUUUCCAAGAUUUGAAAUUACCAUUUGUUAGAGCACAAGCAGAUUCUGGUGAUAUUGGUGGUUCUUUAUCUCAAGAAUGGCAUUAUGUUCACGAAUCUGGUGAAGAUUUAUUAUUCAAAUGUGAUCAUUGUGGUGAUGUCAGUAAUGUCGAAAAGACGGUCUCAAUCCCUGAUGAAGAUACUCCAGUCGCUAAAUCUGCAAAGGUUGCUUAUAUAUUGACAAAAGAUCAAAAUACUUUAGUUUGUGCAUAUUAUCCUAGUGAUAGAACAUUUGCUCCAAAUUUUUUGAAAGAUCAUGUUGAAGACCUAGACUUAACCACAUUGAACACAUCAUUUGAAGAAUUGAUGAAAAUUUUCAUCAAAGAUGAAGAUGAUUUAGUGCUAAACAAAAAUUUCAUUAGAGUUAUGGAUUCAAGAAUUGAUCAUACUACAGACUUGCCAGAUUUCCCAAUAACAAAGUUUCAAAAAAAUAAUUUCUCAACAUUAACAGAUAUCUCCAUUGUUGAAGCUAUUGAAAAUGAAUAUUGUGAUUCUUGUGAAACUGGUCAAUUAAAAUCAAUGAAUGCGAUUGAGGUUGGUCACACUUUCUACCUUGGUAAACGUUAUUCUGAACCAAUGGGUGCAAAAUUCACUAAUGUGGAUAAUAAAAUGACCACUUUCGAGAUGGGUUGUUAUGGAAUUGGUGUUAGUAGAAUUGUCGCUGCUAUUGCUGAAUUAUCAAGAGAUGAAGAAGGUUUUGUUUGGCCAUCUAGUAUUUCUCCUUAUGAUUUGAGUUUAGUUGAAGCUCCAAAAUGUAAUCAAGAUCAUGUGAAUGAAGUUGUUGAAAACUUGAAAGAUUUGAAAAUCUCUUUUGAUAAAAGACAAUUGAAUAAAGUUGGAUUCGGUGCCAAGAUGAUUAAUGCUAGGAUGUUGGGUAUUCCUAUAAUCCUUGUGAUUGGUAAAAACUAUCCAAUCGUGGAGCUUGAAGUUCGUGGUAAACGUUGGAAUGAAUCAAAAUCUAAAUACAAUUAUCAAGAACUUUAUGAACAAAAUUCAAAAGACUGGGAAUGGCAAAUCAUUGAAGAUGGAAAUUUUGAAAAACAUUUAGUUCAUAAGGAUCAUGUUGAGAAAGUUAUAAAAUCAUUACUCAAAGAUUUAUGAUAAAAAAAAUACCCUACUAUUGUACAUAGUUUAACCAAAGAAAAAAAACAAUAAAACCUGUUUUAUAGAACCUAAUAUACACACCAAUUACCAAAUUAAUUAUUUUUGUUCAUCGUUUCCUUCUUCUUUAUGUCAUUUGGUUUUCAAAACCUAUGAAGUGAAUUUACCAGUCAAUUUUGCAAUAACGUGUAAUGCGAUAACACUGAAAAUGAAACCAACAGCUAAGAAUAAAACAACUAAAGGAUCAACUCUUAAACCUUGAGCUUCAUCAGUGUAUAAUUUCAAAAGGUUGGCACUUGAACCACCAUAACCAGCAGAUCUUGUGGAGGUUGGUUGUUGAGAUUGAGCAUUGGCUUUUGCCUUAGCA